AUGCAGAAUGGCAAUUCCAUCCACCAGCAGCCUUCGAGCGACAACUUCGCCCAAUUCAUCCGCAUGCUCGGCACUCUUUCCCCUGCAGACCGCCAAACUCUUGCAUCAGCCCGCUCCCCUUCUUCCUCUUCCACUGACACCGACCCUGACCCCUAUCUGUCAACGAAACCCGCGGUCCAGAUCUUGGAGCCUUACGACCGACUGGAAGGAUGGCUUACCAGUUUCAAGCAGCGCAACGAAUUCUUCAACUUCACCAAGACACGCGAACUGGAAGACUAUGCCGACGUCAAACAGUUCCACCGAGUCCAGCACCUUGACUAUGCAGCUCCCCCUCUCACCAGUUCCAAGGAUGUUAACGUACACAAAAACAUCUUCAAGCGUGACCAGGACAUGGCAACAAUUCAAGCACGUCUCGCCCAUCUCACUCGACCAAUCGACGCAACAGUACACGCAAUCCUCGCAUCCAACCCCGUGAACAUUGAGGACCCUGUUCUUAUCAACAUCAUCGGGACAUUCGACAUCCUUCGGUACAACCUUGCUUUCAUCGCCACUGAAAUCACUCACUUGCGCAAGGAUGCUCUGUAUCGAGACAAGAAAAUCAUUCCCCCUGCUGACCCUAACGACAAAACGCCGCUCAUCACCCAUCAAUAA